AUGAAUCGUAUAAAAAAUUGUGUAAUUCUACCGCCAUUUAAAAAUUCCCAAAAUUUAUUAAUAUGGAAACCUCCAUUUUCCUCUGAAAUUUUGUCAAAACGUCAACUUUUCUAUCAUUAUUUUACAAAGGAUAAAGAAGAUUAUGAGAAAUAUAGAAAAGCUAAUAAAGUAAAAUUUCGAUGGGAAAAAAAUCCAGAAGGUCCAGAAUUUCCUAUGAGAAAAUUACAAAUUGGACAUCAAGAUGAUCCCGAAUUGUGGGGCACAAUGGAUAAAUAUUAUAAAUGUUCUCCUCGUUUUGGUGAAAAUCCUAAAGAUUUUCCUGAAUUUAAUUAUCGAGACGAAUAUAUUUAUAAACCUCCUUUUUUGGAUCGAUUUGCUUCUAAAAUUGUUGCUUCUUUAAUGUGGGCUUGGUUAUUAUAUCAUCUUUAUUGGAAUCAUUCUAUGCUACUUGGACACGAAUAUAUUCCUUAUCCAUAUGAAUAUACAGACGAAGAAUUGGGUAUUCCUCCAGAUGAUGCGCCUGAUCCAGAAUAUUGGGGUAAUCAUGACAAACCUUAUCGAACAUACCGAUGA